AUGAAGAAUUCAAACGAUACGGAGAAGAUUGAUAUGAAGGAUGAGUUUUUUGCGGCUUGUCAAGGUUUGUUGGGGUUUAGAGGUUGCCACGUCACAGCACAGGGUAGUUAUGACGUGGCAAACGAAAAUUUGAGUGGAAAAUCCAUGAAAAAUUCGAAAUUUGCAUCAUUUUAGCUCAAAAAACCAUGAAAAACACGAUUUUCCCGCUAAAAUCAACGAAAAACCCCGAUUUUCUUGCAGAACUCGAGCUCGGUCAACUGGUCGGCGUGAAAAAAUUCAAAUUAAUCGAAGCAAUGUCGAGUGUCGAAUUGAUGGACCCCAAAAUGGAUACGGGUGUCAAAAAACCUGUCAAAAAUCUGGGAUUGGCGAAUGCCGUGAAAAAUGUGGGGGUUUUUUGGGUCUUGAAGCGAUUUUUGAGGUCCCAGAGCGAAAAAAUCAGAUUUUUCAUCAAAAUUUCGGUCUUGAAGUGAUUUUUGAGGUCCCAGAGCGAAAAAAUCGAAUUUCCAAGGUCCUGCAACGAAAAAUUCGGAUUUUUCAUCAAAAUUUGGGUCUUGAAGUGAUUUUUGAGGUCCCAGAGCGAAAAAAUCAGAUUUUUCAUCAAAAAUUGGGUCUUGACGUGAUUUUAAUGGUUUUAGACCUCAAAAAUCGCUUCAAGACCUAAUUUUUGAUGAGAAAUCCGAAUUUUUCGCUGUAGGACCCGGGAAAUCCGAUAUUUUCCAUACAGGACUCAAAAUUAUGUGUUCAGAGUCAAUUUACAGUGAAAAAUCCGAUUUUUUUCGCUUCGGAACCUCAAAAAUCACUCCAGGACCCAAUGUUCAAUGAAAAUUCCGAUUUUUUUCGCUCCGAGACCUAAAAAAUUGCUUCAAAACCCAAAUUUUCAUGAGAAAUCCAAUUUUUUCGCUCUAGGACCUCAAAAAUCGCUUCAAAACCCAAUUUUUUAUGAGAAAUCCGAUUUUUUCGCUCUGGGACCUCAAAAAUCGCUUCAAGACCCAAUUUUCGAUGAAAAUUUCGAUUUUUUCGCUCCGAAACCCACAAAAUCACAUUUUCAGGGACUUUUCGAUGGAAAUCCAACGGAUAUUCUGGCCACAAUUGAUGCGACUUUUGCUUUGAUGGUUUCAUGGUUGGAAGGCGGGAGUUUGGCGCAAACUGUGAGUUUGGUGGAUUUUAAGACAAAUUUGGCUGAAAAUGAUGAAUUUUGAGCCAAAAAACAUGAAAAAUGAUGAAUUUUGGCUCAAAAUUGGCCAAAAAUACUGAUUUUUGGCUCAAAAAUGCUCAUUUCUUGCAGCUCUUCACAAAUGUAAUGAUGCGUGAGUUAGAGGAAGUCCAUCACGAGAUCUACACGCCAUUUUGUCACGCCCUUACUCAUAUCGUUCAAAUCGUCACCUAUGUGAUAACCAAUUCGUAUACAUAUGAGGAGGAGGAUUUUCAGGUGAGAUUUUUGGCGGGAAAUUUGGAAUUUGUAUGAAAAAUGUGGGAUGUUGACCUAGAAACCUGAAAAUUUGGAUUCUAGGCUAAGUUUAGGCUGAAAAUGCUGAAAAUGAUGAAUUUUGAUCUGGAAACCUUGAAUUUUGGAUUCUAGGCUGAAUUUAGGCUCAAAAUGCUGAAAAUCACGAAAAAUCCAGUUGUGAAGCUGAAUUUCAUGAAAAAUGUGGGAUUUUGAGUUGAAAAUCGAGAUUUUUCAUGAAUUUUGAGCCAAAAUUCGAAAUUUUCAUGAAAAAUGAUGAAUUUUGAUCUGAAAAUCGAUUUUUGCCGCACAGUUUUGUGGGCGGAGCUUAUUUAUGUCAAAUUUCGCACCGAAAACUGUGCCACGCUUGCAGAAAAUGGGCGUGGCUUAUUUGGUAUCAAAAUCACCGCACAGUUUUGUGGGCGUGGCUUGUUUAGACUCAUUUUGAAGCUGAGACAAUUCCCCAAGGCACAGAAAAAAGGGCGUGGCUUAUUUAGUAUCAAAAUGACCACUAAAACCUGCGGCAUGGUUUUGUGGGCGUGGCCUAUUUGGUAUCAAAAUGCUCCGAAUUUUCCAGGCUCACUGCCCAUUCCCCGUCUGCUCACAAGUUCCACGCGACGAAGUCGUCCGUCACCUCCGCGAAGUUACCGCAACUCUCGCCCAAAGCGUCUCGCACAAACCGCCAAACUCACCAGAAUCGCGAAAAGUGCUCGCAAUCGGAGCACGCAUGGAAAUGUGCUGUCUGCUCAUCGAAGUCAUCACGUGGCUCGUCCCGCCGCAAACUCCAGCGGUGCUCAAAGUGCUGAGCAAUUUUAAGCCCGAUGAACCGGAGGAGAAAUCGGAGAAGGAAGAAGUUCGGAUAACUGCGGCUGGUGAGAAUGAAGUUGGACUAACUGAAGAAGAAGCACAACCACCGUUUACGUGAGUUUUUUUAGGCAUUUUGAGCCAAAAAAUAUGAAUUUUGGAGCAUUUUGAGCUGAAAUUCAUGAAUUUUGAUCUGAAAAUCACAAAAAUUCCAGUUUUUAAGCUAAAAUUCAUGAAAAAUGGUAUUUUUUGACUUAAAAAUUUCAAAAUUUGGAUUCUGGACCAUUUUUUGGCUGAAAAUGCUGAAAAUUAUGAAUUUUGAUCUGAAAAUCACAAAAAUUCCAGUUUUGAAGCUGAAAUUUGAUGAAUUUUGAGCUGGAAACCUUGAAAUUCGGUAUCUAGGCUAAAUUCAGCCUGAAAAUGCUGAAAAUUUCAGUUUUGAAGCUGAAAUUCAUGAAAAUUGAUGAAUUUUGACCUAAAAACCUUGAAAUUUGGAUUCUGGACGAUUUUUAGGCUCAAAAUGCUGAAAAUUCCAGUUUUCGAGCUGAAAUUCAUCAAAAUUGAUGAAUUUUGACCUGGAAACCUCAAAAUUCAGAUUCUAGACCAUUUUUAGGCUUAAAAUGCUGAAAAUUCCAGUUUUCAAGCUGAAAUUCAUGAAAAUUGAUGAAUUUUGAGCUAGAAACCUUAAAAUUUGGAUUCUGGACCAUUUUCAGGCUUAAAAUGCUGAAAAAUCCAAUUUUGAAGCUGAAAUUCAUGAAAAUUGAUGAAUUUUGACCUAAAAACCUUGAAAUUUGGAUUCUAGACCAUUUUUUGGCUGAAAAUGCUGAAAAUUCCAGUUUUCGAGCUAAAUGUCCCGAAAUUUUGCUUAAAAUGAGCAAUCCCAUAAUUUUCAGCUUCAAAAAUCGAUUUUUGACAGAAAAGUUCCCACUAGGAAUCGAUCCCCCGACCUUCUGACCAAUAAAAAUUCUCCCAAUUUUUUCAGUCGAAGUGAAUCCAACAAACAACAAUGUCAAUCAAUGGCUCGCCGUCUCGAAACCGUUGCUCAGGCUAUAGCGGAAUCCAGUAAAAUGGGAAGAAGUGCACCGAAUAACGGGGAAGAUGGUGGGAUUUUUUGGAUUUUCAGCAAAAUUUGGAGCAUUUUGAGCCCGAAAACUUGAAAUUUGGAGCAUUUUGAGCUGGAAAAGUUCCAGUCAGAAGGUCAAGGGUUCGACCCCCACCCGAGGCACCAAUUUUUUUUUCAAAUUUUUUUUGGAUCAAUUUUUCGCGCUGAAAAUGAUGGCAUUGCUCAUUUUAAGCAAUUUCAGCGUUUUCAGCAUGAAAUUUUGACCCGGAAAUAUUGAUUUUUGCAGUCAGAAGGUCAGGGGAUCGACCCCCACCCGAGACACAAUUUUUUUUCGAAUUUCUUCUUUCUGGAUCAAUUUUCGCGCUGAAAAUGAUGGGAUUGCUCAUUUUAAGCAUUCUCUUCAUUUUCAGCGCGAAAAACUGAUCUAGAAAAAUAAAUUUUAAAAAAAUGUUGCCUCGGCUGGGGAUCGAUCGCCUGACCUUUUGCACCGAAAAAUCAAUAAUUCUAGUUCAAAAUUUGAAAAUUCUCCUUGAUUUUGGCACCUCGAAAAUGUACGUUUCAAAAUUUUUUGAUAUUUUCAAAAAUUAUUUUUCAAAAUGAUUUUUCUCACUCCAACAAAAAAAUAUGAAAAACUCAAAAUUUCAUGCUGAAAACGCUGAAAAUGCUUAAAAUGAGCUAUGCCAUCAUUUUCAGCGCGAAAAAUUGAUCUAGAAAAAUACAUUUGAGAUAAAAAAUGUUUUGCCUCGGGUGGGGGUCGAACCCCUGACCUUUCGAUUGGAAAAAUCCAUGUUUCCGGGUCGAAAUUUCAUGCUGAAAACGCUGAAAUUGCUUAAAAUGAGCAAUCCCGUCAUUUUCAGCAAGAAAUUUUGACCCGGAAAUAUUGAUUUUUCCAGUCAGAAGGUCGGGGGAUCGAUCCCCACCCGAGGCACCAAUUUUUUUUUUCGAGCGGAGCGAGUGUAAACCGCGAGCUUCCGCGUAAGCGGCACUGUCUUCCGCGUUAGCGGCAAGUUAUCCUAACUCAUUAGAGUAACCUUAGGCAUGUUUGGGCUCAAAAUGCUCCAAAUUGUCAACCCUAAGCUUAUCUAGGCUCAAAAAAUCGCAAAUUUUUGCAGGAAACUUCUCUUGGCUCUCCGCAAUCGAACCAGAUCUCAACAAACGAUUCCUUCCCUCAACAUUCCCGCGAAAAGUCGAUAUUCCGGAUCGAAAAACGGCCCUCGAUUAUCUAGUUGGCCUAACUCGCCGCCUCAAAAUCAUUGCCACAAAUUCGCUGGACACCACUCAAGAUCUAAUUUCGCUCUUCUUUUUCGCGCGCAGCUUCAAUUUCGAUAAAAGUUGUGUGCUCACGCGAAGUGUGCUCCAAUUGGCUCUUUUUCCGCUCGAUGAGCACAUUUCCGGACAUCCGGACAAAUCGAUUGCGGAACCGAUUGAGGUGACGUUACGCGAGAUGUUUCCGCCUGCGGUUUUGGAUGUGAGUUUUGGGCCUUUUCGCGCCAAAAUUUGGAGCAUUUUGAGCCCGAAUAAGCCUAGUUUCGGCCUGAAAACCUGGGAUUUUUGAAAAAAUUUAAAUUUUCAAAUUUUCGCGGGAAAAUUUGACGCAUUUUGAGCCCAAAACCGUCGAUUUUCCGCCAUUUUUCAUGUAGAAAAUUUGAAUUUCAAAUAUUUCCCGCUAAAAUUAUCAGUAGAGCGAAUUUUCUUAUUUUAUAUCAAAAAAAACCUCGAUUUUUCAAUUUUUCGCGCUGAAAAUGAUGGGAUUGCUCAUUUUAAGCGUCUCCAUCAUUUUCAGCACGAAAUUUAGCCCCGGAAACAUGGAUUUUUUGAAUCUGAAGGUCAUGGAUCGAGCCCCGGUACCUCCUAACCUAUUUUUUCCAAUUUUUUUUUCUAGAUCAAUUUUUUGCGCUGAAAAUGAUGGGAUUGCUCAUUUUAAGCAAUUUCACCGUUUUCAGCACAAAAUUUUGACCGGGAAACAUGGAUUUUUGGAAUCUCAAGGUCCUGGAUCGAGCCCCCAUACCUCCUAACCUAUUUUUCUCCCAAAUUUUUUUCUAAAUCAAUUUUUUGCGCUGAAAAUGAUGGCAUUGCUCAUUUUAAUCAAAAAUUUCGAAUUUUUUUCAUUCCAGAAAAAUUCUCCAGCCCACCACGAUCCACUUUGUCAACAAUUGUACAACGCCUUCAUGGUUCAGAUCAGCAAACAUUGUUUGAGUGUCUAUCAGACUUUUGGUGAGUUUUUUGGAUUUUUGGACCUGGAAAGCUGAAAAAUCGGAAAAUUUGUGAAAUUUUGACCUGAAAUUCUGGGAAAAUUGGUCUAGAAACUGAAUUUUCAUGAAUUUUAGGUUGAAAUGCUCCAAAUUUCAUGUUUUGAGCCUUUUUGGGCUCAAAAAUGACCUAAAAAUCGGAAUUUUCAUGAAAUUUGAAGCAUUGCUCAUGUUAUACUCUAAAAAUGCAAUUUUGAUGGUCCUAAGGCCUGAAAAGCCCAAAUUUCAGGCCUAGGCUUGUUUGGACUCUAAAAAAUCCCAAAUUCUCAUGAAAUUUGGAUCAUUGCUCAUAUUAGCCUCUAAAAGUCCGGUUUUAAUGGUCUCAAGGCCUGAAAAGCCUAAAUUUCAGGUCUAGGCUUAUUUGGACUCUAAGAAACCCCCAAUUUUCAGGCCUAGACUGUUCUAGACGCGAAUUUCAGGCCUAGGCUUAUUUAGACUCAAAAAAUUCCCCAAAUUCUCAUGAAAUUUGGCCCAUUGCUCAUAUUAUCCUCCUAAAAUCCAAAUUUUUCCCCGUUCCAGGCACAAAUCUCGCCCGCCAACGCGAUCGCAUAAUAGUCUCCAUCGAAGAUCUCGGUCUAAUUCAACGCGACGCGAACCGCGUCGAAUACCGUACCUCGGAAAUCAUCCGCGAAAACAGUCACGAAGCUCCCCAUCAAGCUGUCCACACAUUUGUGCUCUUCAAUUUGCUCAGCCUAGUCUCGCACUAUUUUGAGCUGAGCCUUAGAAUGGACCUUUUUGUGCCCUAUGAAUUUCCAUACAUCUAUUGGUAUUUGAGUGAUAUUUUGGCGCGUUGGCAAAUUUCGACACUUGAACGAAGUCAAGAAAUGAAUCUGUUGGCAUGGAAAUCGAAUCCGCUGAGCACGAGUGUGAAUCGAAGGACGAGCAAAGAGAAGCAGAAGUGUGAGGAGAAUUUGAAGAAGAGAUUUCAGGUGGGGAGCAUUUUUGGAGCAUUUUGAGCCAUAAAACUUGAAAAUUGGAGCAUUUUGAGCCUAGAAACCAUGGAAAAUGCUCUUUUUUACCUUGAAACGUUUUGAAGCUGAAAUUCAUGAAAUUUGAGGAAUUUUGACCUAGGAAGCUUGAAUUUUGGAUUCUGGACGUUUUUUGGCUUAAAAUGCUGGAAAUUCUAGUUUUUAAGCUGAAAUUCAUGAAAAUUGAGCAAUUUUGAGCUAGAAACCUCUAGAAACCUUGAAAUUUGGAUUCUAGAGUGUUUUUAGGCUUAAAAUACUGAAAAUUCCAAUUUUCGUGCUGAAAUUCAUGAAAAUUGAUGAAUUUUGAGCUAGGAACCUUGAAAUUCGGAUUUUAGACCAUUUUUUUGACAAAAAUGCUGAAAAUGAGGAAAUUUGAUCUGAAAAUCACAAAAAUUCCAAUUUUGAAGCUGAAAUUUAUGAAAAUUGAUGAAUUUCGCGCUGGAAACCUUGAAAUUUGGAUUCUGGACGAUUUUUUGUCUUAAAAUGCUGAAAAUUUCGAGUUUCUAAGCAUAUUUGGAGCAUUCUGAGCUCAGAAACGUGAAAUUUGAUAAAUUUUGAGCUAGAAAACUUGAGUUUCGAAAAUUUUCGAGAAAAAAAAUGUUUUUGCCUCGGAUGGGAAUCGAACCCCUGACCUUCUGCACCGAAAAAUCAAUAAUUAUCGAUUAUUUGUUAUUUUUUUUUUGAAUUCCCCUUGAUUUUGACACCCUGAAAAUGUACGUUUCAAAAUUUGUUGAUAAUUUCAAAAAUUAUUUUUCAAAAUGAUCCGGCUUUUUAUUUCUUUAGAAAAUAAUUUUGGAGGAAUGUUAUUUUUGAUCCAAAAAUUGUUGAAUUUGGAGCAUUUUCAGCCCUGAAACAUGAAAUUUGAUGAAUUUUGACCUAAAAACCUUGAAAUUUGGAUUUCUAGGCCAUUUUUCGGGUUUCUAGGCCAUUUUUCGAGUUUCUAGGCCAUUUUCAGCCCAAAAAAUCUGAAAUUUUUCCAGAUAAAUCAGAGCCAUACAGUACACCAAUUCGGAAUGGCUCAAAUUGCCGAUGGAAUUGUGAAAACCACAAUUGCCCUUAUAAAAAUGAGAAAAAUUAAGGUAAUUUUUAAAAUUACACGUGAAAAACGUGAAAAUUACACGUGGAAACGUGGAUUUUCAGCCAAAAAAUCGAUUUUUUCAGCCAAAAAUCGAUAUUUUUAACCUAAAAUUGAAUUUCAGGUUCCAAAAUGGGCUGAGGAUUCCGAAAAACAACGAUACGAUAAUCGAAUGGCGCCGAUGAAAUGUUUGGGACAUCCACUAUAUAUUAGCUAUGAGCAAUAUUUGAUUUUGAGCAAGUUAGUGCACAUUUUGGGCUCAAAAUGACCUAAAAAUCGUGAUUUUUCAUGAAAUUUGAGCCAUUGCUCAUAUUAUACUCGAAAAUUCGAUUUUCUGAUGUUUUGAGCUCCAAAAUGAGCUAAAAAUCGGAAUUUUUGGACAAUUGCUCAUGUUAUACUCGAAAAAUUGAAUUUUUGAGGUCUAGAGCUUCAAAAUUACCUGAAAAUCGUGAUUUUUGGACCAUUGCUCAUGUUAUAGUCGAAAUUUUGAGCAAAAACUUGAAAUUUUCAAUGAAAUUUGAGGUAUUGCUCAUAUUAUACUGAAAUUUUUAUGAAAAUUAUCAUUUUUAACCUAAAAUUCCAAAAUUUUGCAGGACAAAUGAGCUGUACGAGACUCCGAUUCCGCAACUCAUCGAAGAAGCCAUCGAAAAAUUCGAUCACGCCAUUCAACAACUCGUUCGACUUCGCGAAUAUCCCGAUUUUCACGAUGAUGAAACGUGGGUUUUUUGGGGAGCAUUUUGAGCCAAAAAUCAAGUUUUUACGUGAAAAAUGAGCCCAGGAGCAUGUUUUUCGCUCAAAAAUCGAUAAUUUUGACCCCGAAAUGAGCAAAUUCGCUCUAUUGAGAAUUUUGGCGGGAAAAAUGUGAAAUUCAAAUUUUCUACAUGAAAAAUUAGCUAAAAACAUGAUUUUUAACCCCGGAAAGAGCAAAUCCGCUCUAUUGAGAAAUUAAGCGGGAAAAACUUGAAAUUCAAAUUUUUUAUAUGAAAAAUUAGCCGAAAAUCAUGAUUUUUGAGUUAGAAAUGAGCAAAUUCGCUCUAUGGACAAUUUAAGCGCAAAAUAUUUGAAAUUCAAAUUUUAUAUAUGAAAAAUUAGCUAAAAUUCAGGUUUUUUGACCCAGAGAUGAGCAAAUUCGCUCCAUUGACAAUUUCAGCGCAAAAAAUUCGAAAUUCAAAUUUUCUCCAUGAAAAAUUAGCUACAAAUCCACGUUUUUAAGCUAGAAAUGAGCAUAUUCGCUCUAUUGAGAAUUUUCCCGCGAAAUGUUUGAAAUUCAAAAUUUCUACAUAAAAAAUUAUCCAAAAAUCAUGAUUUUCGAGCUAGAAAUGAGCAAGUUCGCUCUAUUGACAAUUUUCCCGCCAAAAAAUCAAAAUUCAAAUUUUUUUUGCAGAAUCUACAUAAAAGUUGCUCGAGCCAAUCUGAUCGGAGCCCGGCUAUUGCUCAGAUUACAAAAUGAUAUGACGAAUCGCCGUGUAGACUGGAUUUUCGGCGAAGAUUGUCCAAUUUAUCCAAUUUUACGGAUCACCUAG